CCGAUAUUUCGCUGUUUAUCGCGAUCGGCACAUUUAUCGUUAUCGACUUUCAUUUUUUUUCAACGCACUUAUAAAGUGUAUAUAUAUAUAUAUACCGCUGUUUGCCGGCUGUCUAAAAUUUCAGUAUCCGUAGAGGCAAAAAAUUGAUAUUCGGCUCAACGACUCGAAUUGUCCCGAAGGUGCAUCGUUCAGAGCAGCUCAGAGUUCACCGGCAAGUCACCGGCUAACGUAUAAUCGGCGGCCGAUAACGACCUGUUACAUAAAUCGCUAUCAACAGCGAGAGAGGAAUCACAUCAGUGGUGGGAACACGUUUACUGUCAUCCAUGGCUAAGACUGUGCAGGAUCAAUACAAAGAUUACAAAGUUAUUCCGGACGUGGUGGAAGAGGUACCCACCACGUUCAGUAUUCUGAAUGUAACUUAUCCCAUUGAUACUAAAGUUGAGAUUGGCAAAGAGCUUGCUCCGACUCAGGUCAAGGAUCAGCCCCAUGUUAAGUGGGAGGCAGAUGCAGAUGCAUUUUAUACUUUAUGCAUGACUGAUCCUGAUGCUCCAAGCAGACAGAAUCCUACUAAACGUGAAUGGCAUCACUGGUUAGUAGGCAAUAUUCCUGGAUCAAAAGUGUGUGAUGGAGAAACUCUAUCUCAAUACGUUGGUUCUGGACCUCCGAAGGAUUCGGGUCUCCACCGAUAUGUAUUCUUGUUAUACAAGCAGCCUGAAAAGCUCACUUUCGACGAGAAGCGUUUGGACAAUCGAAGUGAUGCCAACCGUGCUCACUUUUCCAUUCGUAAAUUUGCAGAGAAAUAUAAACUCGGCGAUCCAAUUGCCGGUAACAUGUUCCAAGCAAAGUAUGAUGAUUAUGUAGAUAUUCUCUACAAGCAACUUGGUUUUUAGUUUUACAUGCAUCAAUAAUAUAUACUCACAAUAUGAUACACAUGUAUUAUAAAUAUAAUAAUAUGUAUGAUAUA